AUGAAUUUGGUGGUCUUCUUGAUGCAGCUGGAGGAUUACACUCCUACCAUCCUAGAUGCAGUGACUGCUUAUUACCUGAACCGUGCUGGCUUUGAAGAUUCAGAACCACGCAUAUUUCGGCUCGUCUCACUAGCUGCUAGAAGUUCAUCUCCAAUAUUGCCAACGAUGCCCACAGCACUGCAAAAUGAGGGGCACAGCCUCUGGCAGCUCCCGGAGCAAGAGCAAGACCACAAGUACAUGGAGGACUUGACCCCUGCCCUCAGCGAAUAUGUGUCCAUGAGAAUAAGCCGCACUACUUCACCUGAGCCACCUAACCCAGACCUCUUUAAGCUGCAUCUGGAAACAGUACCCUUCCUUGAAGGCCACCUGUACCAGCUGCUUGGGCUCGUGAAGACCCCCUUGGAUGACCUGGAUGUGACUCACUGUACACUCUCAGUAUUAGAAUGGGACAGUCUUUCUGAGUUCCCAUGUGUCAGUCAAUUGCAACAACUGAAUUUGCAAAAUGUCAUAUUGACUGAUCUAAGUCCCGAACCCCUCCAAGUUCUACUAGUAGAAGCUGGACCCACCCUGGUGACCCUGGACUUAGAGGACUGUCAAAUUGAGGAUCAAUAUCUCUAUGACAUCCUACCUGCCCUGAGCAGCUGUCUUCAGCUCAGCAAGUUCAGCUUCUAUGGGAAUCAAAUCUCCUUGCAUGCCCCGAGGGACCUACUAAACCAUACUGCCAGCUUGAGAAAGCUAAGGAUGGAGCUGUACCCUGUUCCUCAGGAGAGCUAUGACUACAGUCGUACUCUCCACAUGGAACUCAUGAGAGAAUAUUGUGAGGAGCUUAUGGAUAGUCUGAAAGCCAUUAGGGAGCCAGGGAAGGUCUUCUUUGGUCCUGAAUGCUGCUACUCUUGUGACAAUUGAUAUAUCGACAACAAAACACUACUGUGUGAGUGUCAGAGUUUUUACUAG